AUGGCCAGGGGUGAAGACAUCUUAAACCAGAGGAACGACUCGCUAGUGGUGGAAUUUCAGUCGUCCGCCAGCCGGUGCAGGAGUGUCUAUGAACCAGAUAGAAAUGUGUUACGGAGGAAAGAACGAGAAAGAAGAAAUCAGGAAACUCAACAGGAUGAUGGCACAUUUAAUUCAAGCUACUCCCUCUUCAGUGAACCCUACAAGACGAACAAGGGGGACGAGCUCUCCAACCGGAUCCAGAAUACGCUGGGCAAUUACGAUGAAAUGAAAGACUUUUUAACUGAUAGAUCCAAUCAAAGUCACCUCGUUGGCGUUCCCAAGCCUGGGGUUGCUCAGGCUCCUGUGAACAAGAUGGAUGAACAUUUCGUCCCUGAUUCAAGAGCCCAGCCCCAGCCCUCAUCCGUCUGCAGCACGGCCUCCUCCACACCAGCAGCUGUCCCCGUGCAGCAGAGUAAGAGGGCCACCGUGGGCUGGCAGAAGGUUGGGCACCCACCCCCUGAUGGCCAACAGAGAGCAACACAACAGGGCUCUCUCAGGACCCUGCUUGGAGAUGGUGUUGGCAGACAGCAGCCACGGGCCAAACAAGUAUGCAACGUAGAGGUGGGUCUUCAGACCCAGGACAGGCCCCCUGCUAUGGCAGCCAAGCACGGCGGCAGUGGGCACUGUGUUCAGAGCUUUCCUCCGUCCCUGGCUUCAAAACCCAGCUUGGUUCAGCAGAAACCGACCGCCUACGUGCGGCCAAUGGACGGCCAAGAUCAGGCUCCUGAUGAGUCUCCAAAGCUGAAGUCGUCAACGGAAACCAGCGUGCACUGCACAUCCUAUAGGGGAGUCCCGGCCACCAAGCCCGAGUCAGCCAGAGCCAAGGCCAAGCUUGCUAAGUUCAGCAUCCCCAAACAAACGGAGGAGAAUAGAUCCGGAGAAACCAACAGCUGUGUGGAAGAAAUCAUCCGGGAGAUGACCUGGCUUCCACCACUUUCUGCUAUUCAAGCUCCCGGCAAAGUGGAACCAAGCAAAUUUUCAUUUCCAAAUAAGGACUCUCAGCUCGUUUCCUCCGGACACAAUAAUCCAAAGAAAAGUAAUGCUGAGCCAGAGAGUCCAGACAAUGGCACCUCAAAUACAUCGUAAGUCUUUUCCCAUUUCUAUUUGCGAUGGCGGUUCUUUAAUGUACCUAUGAUAUGAAACAGUGCAAGUAUCGUGUAAUAGUAAUAAUAAUAAUAAUGGGAGGAAGGCCGUAGUUCUCUUUUUCAUGAUAAUGUCUUUUUAAAUGCUUUUGAGCGCACAUGGUUUUGGAGGUCUUAUGUGUUAGCACAGUGAGAAUAAUCUUGAAAAGACAAACGCUCCUCUUCAUAAAAUUUAAAUGUAAUAGAUUUGAGGAUGU